UCUGCUUUCUCCGCGGACGGGAAAUGACUGCAAAGGCGCCGCGAAAACGGUCGCCGCCUCUCCUGCUCCUCGCGGGUGCGAUACUUGGCAUUCCCUCCGAUCCCAAUCGGAACCGGUCGCCGGCAGACGAGCGCUUUCCGACGACGACGCCGCCGCCGCCGCGGCAGCAUCACGCCGCCACCGCACGCGAGAGGACGACAUGGUGAACCUCGUCGGCGCCAGCCUCACCGGCUGGCUGCUGGUCUCCUCCGCCGGCUUGGUGAUGUGCCUGGAGCCCGGGCUGUCGGGAGGCCUGUGUGAGGGCCGGCCGGACUCGGUGUUCGCCGACAGCGACGGCCAUGGCUUCGUGGCGUGCCGAGGAGGCGCGGCGCACCGGCUGCGUUGCCCGCCGCGACAGCAGUUCCACGCGGGCUACUGCCGCCGACCCAGGGCGGACGUGGAGGCCCAGAGGUGCUCCGAGCCGGACGGCGUCUAUCCGGACUACGGCUCCGGAUGUCGCCGCUUCUUCUUCUGCCGGGGUGGCCGAAAGACGUCCCUCACCUGUCCGGACUCGCUUCUCUUCGACUGGCGGCUGGGCCGCUGCCGUCAGGCCGCGAAAGUGGCCUGCCCCAAACUGCGCUGCGACGCGGACGGCGUGUUCGCUGACCGCGUGGGCGGAUGCAGGCGGUACUUCCGGUGCCAGGAUGGAGAAAGGGAGGAAGCACUCUGCCCACAGGGUCAGCUGUUCGGAGCAGGUCGCUGCCAGAACUCGACGAGCGUCGAGUGCGAGGGUGACAACGGGUGCGCCAGUCUGCCGGACGCCUUCUAUCCGGCUCCGGGCUGCUCCCAGUUCGUGCUCUGCGUGGCCGGCAACGUGCGGGAGUUCUCGUGCCCCUCCGACCUCAUCUUCAGCCGCAAGCAGCUCGCCUGCGACUACCCCCGCAAGGCAACCUGCGAGGUGCCGGACGUAACCUGCCCCCCUGGGUCGAACGGCCUGUUCCCGCUGACCGGAUGCCGAGAGUUUGCCGUCUGCCGGGACGGCGUCCUGCUCAAAGUGGGCAGCUGUCCCAAGGCCACAGCCUUUGACGCCAAUAGGCUGUCCUGCCGCCCCAUUGGGGAUGUCAAGUGCACAUUCGCCGAGGAGUACGCGGACGCGGAGUGCGUGGGUCGUCCCGAUGGUGUCUACCCGGGCACAACAGCAGAUACCUUCUACGCAUGCCUCGGACACGUCAAGGUGGCCACAUCGUCUUGCCCCGAGGGAUCCGUCUUUGACCCCACCGUUCACGGCUGUCAGACGACGGGCCCUGUAGCGGCCAACGACGGCGUCUCGUACGGGCAGUACGAGUGCGAGGGCCGCAUCGGUGUCUUCCCCGACUACAGGACCUCGUGCUACAGCUACCGCAUAUGCGCCGAUGGCCUGGAAGUUGUCCAGGACUGCGGCGGCGGCCUAAGCUUCGACACCGAGUUCGGUCGCUGCGUUGAAGACGCGUCCACACCAUGCCGUCCUCCACGGGUCGUCGGUACCUUCAAGUGCCCCGAGGGCUCGCCGGGACUCUUCGUGGACGAGAGCAGCGGCUGCAGAUUCUGGCACGAAUGCGUUGGCUCAGAGGGUGUCUCGUACGCCUGCCCCAGAGGUCACUCGUUCGACCCUGAGAGGAUGAUUUGCCGCCCUACACUCGGCUGCACCGAGGCCGUGCUGAGGCCACGGGCCUCCAUAUCAGUGACCGGACUCGUCGUACGGCUGAAUGACACAGACUUCGAUGUCGACUGCGGAGACGUUGCCGAAGUGUUGCCGUCCAUUGACCGUCAGGACUUCCACGUGUGCGCUCCCGCCGGAGCCUUCAAUUUCCGUUGUCCCGGCGGCACAGUCUUCGACCCUGAAAGAAACGCUUGCGACAUUGACCGUGGCACUGACGUGACCGAUUUGGCACUCCCAGGAAAUGCCGACGACGACUUCACGUGUGACGGUAGACGCGACGGCUUGCACCCUGACGAGACCAUGGGACACGACUGCGCUAGGUAUUACUCGUGCGAAGGUGGUCGAAAAAGGAUCAUGUUGUGCCCUACAGGUACGAGGUUCAACCCGGUGCUUCUCCUUUGCUCGAGCUCGGUCCUGUGUCACGUGGAUCGGCAUUUCUCAGCAACGCAGCCGCCCGCCCCAUCGGACGCCCCGGUUUCCACAACACAACCCAGUACAACACCGGGUACGCCCACAUCCACGGUGGCACCCACCCGCCGAACGACACCGGCGUACACGGUCGAGUUAACGAUGCCAGCGCCUGCCGCUGUAACUGAACGAGCGUCGGAUAGGGGAAGCGCUCGUACGGCUACUAGAGGAACUACAUGGGCGCCAUCCUGGCAGGGCAGUUGGGCUGCGACGAGAGCGCCUGCGCGCUCGACUACGCCGGCGCCCGCGGAAUUUACAACGCGAGUUACUACGGCACGACCUACAACAUCGACAACUACUGAGGCUACGACGACGACGACGACAACAACAACGACGACCACAACGACGAUGACGACACCAGCCCCUACGCCUGCAAUACAGCCGGAAUUGCAGCAAGAUUAUGAAGAUUACUAUACAGAAUUUUUGCCAGAAAAUGCCGCAGAAGUAACACCCGGUGGCGCGAGACAAACUCCACCGGUGACUACGCCGAAAAGCGCUCCAGAGCCAGUCGUAGGUUUAGUUCCAAGAAAAAUUCCAGAGGGUGUCCCCCUGCCUCGACUGGAAGAUACGCUAGUAACUGCGCCUCCAUUCACCAAGGAUUACGUGACAGAAGCGACACCAAGAAAUGUUCCAAAACAGGUACAGUGCCUACGGUCACUACACCGCAGAAUAUAAAGGAGCUUUCGCCAGAAACUACACCGUCGACAACUCGGGCCAGCACUACGGUAACUACUCAGAGAAGCACGCCAGAGUAUGUCCCCGAAUACGAAACAGACUACUAUUCGGAGUUUGCGCCCGAAACAACUGCGAGAUUCACCACAGAAACGACGCGGCCUACCACUGAAGCGACAACUGAAAGAACUACAACACGCCAAACAACGCCUGUAUUUUCGCGCAUA